UAGGGCUGAUUGUUUAUCACCAUACUAGACAAGUUCCACGCGGACGAUGCGGGGGCGUGGGGGUUCACAUAACUAAAACUGGUAAUAUUCGAGGGGAAACCUGGCGUAAGAAUGAUAAGCAGCUAUAAGUAGUCGGCCUGCCACGCCCAACUUCGCUGGGACGUUCGUGGUCGGCUACUGGGCGUCCUGCAUCAUUCACCAUAAUGGAUAUCUUUUCCCUCACGGGGAGAACCGCCCUUGUAACGGGUGGAACUCGAGGAAUUGGACAGCAGAUGGCUAUUGCUAUGGCUGAAGCUGGCGCGGAUAUCAUUCUGGUUCAGAGAAACACUAGCAAUCAAGACACGAGGCAAAAGAUCGAGGACCUAGGGCGUAAGGCAAUGAUUUACACAGCCGAUCUAGCUUCUCGGGAGUCUGUCUCUACAUUAGUGUCGGAUGUCUUGAAUGAUGGGCAUGAUAUCGACAUCCUUCUCAACUGCGCGGGAAUACAACGGCGACACCCGAGUCAUAUUUUUCCAGAUAAUGACUGGGACGAGGUCCUCCAAGUCAAUCUUUCCACCAUUUUCACCCUCUGCCGGGAUAUCGGCGCCUAUAUGCUCACCCGGACCCCGGAUUCCUCCGGUCACCGCGGGAAUAUCAUUAACAUCGCCUCUCUCGUUUCAUUCCAAGGUGGAUUGACCGUGCCGGCUUAUGCAGCUGCAAAAGGUGGCGUGGCACAAUUGACCAAGGCGUUAUCGAAUGAAUGGGCCGCCAAAGGAAUCAACGUGAACGCGAUCGCCCCCGGUUAUGUAGCUACGGACAUGAACACGGCAUUGUUGCAGGACCCGGAGCGGUCGGCAAGUAUCCUUGCGAGAAUCCCCGCGGGACGAUGGGCAACCCCGGAGGAUUUCAAGGGAGUGACGAUAUUCUUGGCAAGUCGAGCGAGUGGAUAUGUCUCUGGUGAGAUUUUGACGGUCGACGGCGGGUGGAUGGGGAGGUGA